CACAUUUCAGUUCAUUUCUUAUGCAGCUUCCUCUGUCUCAAGUCCACGUUGACUUACAAGGGCCAUUUUGAUUCAUAGACUCUUUGGAUUUUAGAUCUAAUUCUUCUCAAAAUCAAUUGAGCAAUUUUGUGAGAAAGAACAUUAGAUUGCAAAAUGGCUGAUUUCCUAUGGACUUUUGCUGCAGAGGAAACGUUGAAGAAGGUGUUGAAAGUCGCAGGUGAGCAAAUUGGCCUCGCAUGGGGCUUUGAGGAACAUCUGUACAACCUCCAAAAAUGGCUACUCAAGGCUGAAGCCUUCUUACGCGAUAUCAACACCAGAAAAUUCCAUCAUCAUUCUGUGAGGAUUUGGGUGGACGAUCUUCAACAUCUUGUUUAUGAAGCCGACGAUCUACUUGACGAAAUUGUUUAUGAACAUCUUCGACAAAAGGUCCAAACAUCAAAAACGAAGAAGGUAUGCAAUUUCGUUUCUCCUUCUAACAAUGCUUUCAUCUUUCGUCGUAACAUGGCGAAAAAAAUGAAGACUGUUAUAGAAUUGUUAGAAAAACAUUACUACGAGGCUGCUCCUUUGGGACUAGUCCGGAAUGAAUCUGCAGGACCAGAGAUUGAUGUUAUCAGUCAGUUUCGGGAGACAACUUCGGAGGUAAUCGGUGAUCAUGAAAUUGUGGGGAGGGACGUUGAAGUUGAAAAUAUAGUGAAACAAGUGAUUGAUGCUAGCAAUCAACAACUUACAUCUAUUUUGCCUAUUGUUGGUAUGGGUGGAUUGGGAAAAACAGCUGUGGCCAAGUUACUUAUCAAUCAUGAGAUGAUUAGAGGACAUUUUCAUAAAACUGUAUGGGUAUGUGUGUCUGAACCUUUUAUCGUCAACGAGAUUUUGCGAGAAAUCUUACAAAAUCUGAAAGGCAUUUCUAAUGGAGGGGAUAGUAAGGAGGUCUUACUUCGUGAACUCCAAAAAGCGAUGCAUGGGCAAAGAUAUUUUCUUGUGCUUGACGAUGUUUGGAACGAAAAUGCUUUUCUAUGGGAUGAGUUGAAAUAUUGUUUGCUAAGGAUCACCGGAAAUUCUGAAAAUUGUAUUGUUGUGACUACAAGGAGUGCUGAUGUUGCAAAAAUCAUGAAAACACAUCAUCCUAGUUAUCAUUUAAGUAAAUUAUCCGAUGAUCAAUGUUGGUCCUUAUUUAAAGAAAGUGCAAACGCACGUGGACUACCAAUGACUUCAAGCUUGGAGAUCUUUCAAAAAAAGUUGGUCAAAAAGAUUGGUGGCUUACCAUUGGCUGCACGAGUUUUAGGAGGGGCAGUAAAAUUUGAAGGAGAUGUUAAGAGAUGGGAGGAAAUGUUGGAUAGUGUGCUAAUAACUCGACUGGAAGAGGAAAAUUUUAUUUUUUCUAUAUUAAAAUUAAGUGUGGAUCGUUUACCAUCAUCUUCAUUAAAGCAAUGUUUUGCGUAUUGUUCAAUUUUUCCCAAGGAUUUUUGGUUUACAAAACAAGAACUAAUUCGAAUGUGGAUAGCACAAGGUUUUCUUCAACCACAAGAAGGAAGAAACACAACAAUGGAAAAUGUAGGAGACGUAUAUUUCAGGAUCUUGUUGUCACGCUGCUUAUUCCAAGAUGUCGUUAAAGAUGAACAAGGGAUAAUUACAAAUUGUAAGAUGCAUGAUCUUGUACAUGACAUUGCAAUUGCAAUCUCAAGGGAUCAAAAUUUGCAACUAAAUCAUAGCAUUAUUUUGGGGAAGGAACAUCAGAAGAAGGAGAGCAAAAAAGUUUCAAGCAAGUUACGCACGAUUUAUUUCGUUCAAGAGAUUCCUCAAAAUGUAGAUUUGGGAGUGUUUGAUAAGAUAUGGAACUUUGUUUGUUUGCGUGUUUUGAAAAUUUGCUUACCUCCUACUGAUAAGUUAUCGGAGUCAAUUGGUCAGUUGAAACACUUGAGAUAUCUUGAGAUUACACAGAAAAGGAUAAAGUUCCCAAAGUCGAUUGUUUUGCUUUAUAAUUUGCAAACACUACAGAUUCAAGGCUCAGUGACUGAAGAUUUUCCAAAGAACUUCUCAAAUCUUGUAAGUUUAAGACACUUGGAAUUUUGGGGUACUGUAGUUAACAAAAUGCCUCCACAUUUACGUCAAUUGACUCAGCUUCAAACAUUGCCUAUGUUUGUAGUCGGGCUUGAGAAAGGUUGUAAGAUAAGUGAAUUGGGCCCAUUGAAAGACUUGCAAGGUAUCUUGAGCCUUUUGCAUUUGGAGAAAGUAGAAAGUAAAGAGGAAGCCGAAAGUGCAAAUUUGGCAGAAAAGAACUUAAAUGGGCUACACUUACAUUGGUCUGUAGAAAGAAAAGAUAACAGGUACAAUGAUUUGGAAGUGUUGGAAGGACUUCAACCAACCAGAAAUCUCCAAUCAUUAAGCAUCAACGACUUUGCAGGCAACUGUUUGCCUCAAAAGAUUAUGGUUGAAAAUUUAAGAAAGAUAUUAUUGUGUGGUUGUGAAAAUUGUGAAAAGCUUCCAAUGCUUGGACAGUUAAACAACCUAAAGGAACUUGAGAUUUAUAACUUCCAUGGUGUCCGAAGUAUUGGCAACCAAUUCUAUGGAAAUGAUUCAAACCAAAAGACGUUCUUCCCAAAGUUGGAAAUAUUUGUACUCGAGGGCAUGAAGAACUUAGAGCAGUGGGAAGAUCAAAUAACAAAAGAUGAUGCAUCAUCAAAUGUUACAAAAUUUCCCUAUCUAAAAAGGUUGAAGAUUAUUGGAUGUCCCAAAUUAAUAAACAUUCCAGAUGUUUUUGGUGGUUCUGAUGAGAAUGAUAUCCAGCACCUUGAAUCAUUUUCUGCUGAAAAUUGUAACAAAUUGAGAAAACUUCCAAAUUUGGGAAAUAAGCUCAGGUUGUCUCAUUUAUCCAUUGGUCCAUUGGACAAGCUGCCAGAAGAAGGUUUAGGACACCUCAUGAAUUUGAAGCAUAUCAGAAUUAUUGGAUGCAUACAGAAUUAUGAUUUUAGCUUCCUCGGCCACCACCAUCAUUCCCUUGAAAGACUUGCUUUACGUGAGAAAUUAAGCAGUGUAACCCAACUUCCUCAACAACUUCAAUUCUUGACUGCUCUACAAAAACUGUCCUUAGAAAAUUUUGGUGGCAUUGAAGCUUUGCCGGAAUGGUUGGGAAACUUUGUAUCUUUGCAAAGACUCGAUCUUCUUUGUUGUCAAAAUUUGAAACAAUUUCCUUCCAAAGAAGCAAUGUUACGUCUCACCAAAUUAAGUUAUUUGUGUGCUUAUGAAUGCCCGCAGCUACAACUUGGAGAAGGCGACACAGAGCGGGUAAAACUUUCCCACCUUCCAAAUAUACGUGUUUAUCUCGGAUAAAAAAACAAAAUUUUUUGAGUGGUGGAGCUUUUUAUUGAAGAGAGAAAGAAUAAAGUAUGGAUACUAAUACUCAAUCUUCUAUUGAUUUCUUUCUCAA